AUGGGGUCGAGGCAAUCCAACAUGUUAGGAUCUUCUCAGGCCAUUCGUGACAGCUCCGUCUCUGUCGUCGCCUGUGUCCUCAUCGUCGCCUUGGGUCCUAUCCAGUUUGGCUUCACCUCUGGUUAUUCUUCACCUACCCAAUUGGCCAUUACUAGCAACCUGAACUUGACUGUAUCGAAGUUCUCAUUGUUUGGUUCGCUCUUAAAUGUGGGCACCAUGGUUGGGGCAAUAGCGAGCGGUCAAAUUGCUGAGUACAUUGGGAGAAAAGGGUCCUUGAUGAUAGCUGCCAUCCCUAAUAUUAUUGGUUGCCUUGCAAUAUCAUUUGCCAAAGAUUACUCAUUUCUUUACAUGGGAAGGCUGUUGGAGGGUUUUGGUGUGGGAAUAAUAUCGUACACGGUUCCUUUAUAUAUAGCUGAGAUAGCACCUCAAAACAUGAGAGGUGGCCUUGGGUCUGUUAAUCAGCAUGUUGUAUAUCCUAUUCUGGAUGCUUCCAUUUUAUUCUUUGGAGUUUAUGAUGGACAUGGAGGUGAACCUGAAGGUCCAGAUGGCAGCUCUGGACUGGCCGUUAUGGCAGCUGCCUUAUUCGAGCAACAUAGGGUUUCGUUAAUUGUGAGGUUCACAAAUGGAGACUACAAAGGGAGCUUGGAUGAUAGGAGGCUUGCAACGAGGUACGUUGUGGGAAGGCCUAAUUGUUGGAAGUCCAAGGUACAAUCUCAAGGUGCGCUAGUUACAACUGGAUCGAAGUUCUUGGCAGAUGCUGAGGCUGCCAUGGUGGUAUUAUGGUUCGGAGGAUCGUUCAAGGAGCUAGAUGUUCAAUUAGGUGGAGUUCUUGUUACCACAGUCAAGUUCAAGUGUUGCUAG